AUGGAUCAGCUGCGCAAAGAGGCCCGCGAGGUCCUCCAGCGCGAUCCUUGGAAUCGACCGGGUUUCUUGCGGGCGGCAUUUAAGGCGACAGCAAAGAAUGGCUUGCCCGAGCUGUGGCAGGACGUGUCAUCCCACGAUAGCACCGUCCAUCUGGAUGUCUGCGAAAAUCUGUACACGGCUUUUUGCUUCGUCGAUGGCUGGGAUCCCCUUCUGCCAAAAGACGGAGGGCCAAAGCAGCUGGAUAGGAACGAGACUGAAGCCGUCAAGAAUCUAUUCGAAUGGGCCAGUCAACUUGCACUUCCAUCGUCAGCAUUUGCGGCGGUCUUUGAUGAUCAUGUUGAGAUCACAAAAGAGAUCAAGGACGCACAGAAAGAGAGCCGACUCCGAUCUGCCCUGGCUAUUCAACUCAUUCUACAGCUUUCUUCAAAAGCGCCUCCAGGGCUAUCAGAUCGCUCGAUCGCUAGCUCCCCCGAUGUCGUUUUGGCCGCAGCCUGUUUCACUGAGCAGAAAGAUCCUUGGACGACCGAGGAUAGCCACGAUGAGGCUUCAAUGUAUCUUGACGUGACCAUGCAAGAUGGAAAAUGGGAUCUUAUUGCGCGAUUACUCAAGGAAAAGAUCCGGCCAUUGUUCACCAAGGCCAAGAACCCUGCUAUUACCAGCGAAGGUCGCAAGAAUUUCCACCCCGUGCCUUUGAGUCGGUUUGACGGAAGUAUCCUCGACGAUGAGAUGAAGCCUUGGAAGUUCAGAGACGUUUAUGCCACAAGAGUUCUUUCAUGGAUCAUUUCACGGUAUAAACCCACCAAUAAAGCCCACCUGGAAGCACAUUUUCCUCUUCUGGUCCCGGCAAUCCUGGCCUUGAUCGACGAUGAUAACCUCACGUUUAAGAGAAUGGGCUGUGAGCUCUUCAGCAAGAUCCUGCAGCCUAUUCACCAGAGCGGCUCCGAUAUUCUCGUUCGCACAAACUUGACCUCCGUCUUCGAGGACGCUAUCACGCCCUGUCUUCUCUCCCUACCAACCAUCACCCCGGAAGACAGCUCUAUCCGGCUACUCAGCGCAGCAUACCCAGCACUCCUCUCCCUCUUUAAGACAGUCUACAAAACCCCAUCACCCAAAAAAUCAAAAGACCAGAACGCCAAGGAUAGAGAGACAUAUACCGCCAAAAUCUCAAAAAUCCUACGCUUAAAUCUCAUUUCCUCCUUCCACCAUAUCAGCUCCUCAACACCCACUGCUAUCUCCACCUCCGCCUCUUUCCCGCAUCCUCGUCUCUCAACGUUCCUUUUAGAAUGGAUUACUACCUUCGCGAAUGAGCUCGGGAUCAGCACGACAAAGUAUCUCCAAGAAAUCAUUCCGGUUCUUUACACUACGCUCACCAAUCCCUUCGGAACUGCUCACCCCCCUCUCCUCUUCACCGCGGUAUCAGCCACCAAAUUCGUGGUUCUAAACGCGCAUCCACGUAUUUGGAGAUGGCGUGGUGAAAUCCUCGGAGCACUGUGUGCAUGCUGGCUCUAUACUGUCGGCGAGAAAGAAGAUCAAGGGAAAGUGAAGGCGGGCAAGGGCUCACCGUCGGUGACUGAACUGGCUAAGAUUACGAGGGAAUUGCAGAGUACUGUCUAUGUGUUGAAGCAUACUUUGCAGAACCCCGUUGCAGUCAAUGGGGAAUUCGAUGCGGAUCAAUUGCUCGCGAAAGACGGUAUGCAGCAGGAACUGCAGACGCUAGCUGAAGCGGAUAGUGAGUUGGAGGCUCUGCUCUUCGCUGAUGUCAAGUCGUGA